AGGCUGCUACGUCGAAUGCUAAAGAAUCUGCCGGUUCAUCUGGUCCAACAAAUAAUAAUAGUUUCCCCGAGAUCACAGGCUCAAUGAAUUCAAGUUCAUCGCUUAGCGCACUGCAGUCAAACGUCCAGGGCGAGUGUGCCAGGAAUGCAGUGGUCCUAACAGAUAUAAAUUACUCCUAUGGCUCCAUAAAUUGGUUUUAUGAUAUAGCACAAGGGCUGUGCCGGAAAAUGCAAGCGGAACUUUCUGACGAGUAUAUGCAGCAAUUAGCCGAUAUAACGAAGCUAAAUUCAACUGAUUCAUUGCAAAGUAGCGCUGGCUAUUUCUUAAAGAAGCAGAAGAACCCGUCCAAAGUGGUGCUCGGUACAUUCGUAAUUUUGCUGGUAAUUGCAUUGGCUGUAAUUCUCGCGGCUGUGAUUACGUACUCAGAGAGUGUUAGCUAUACAGUCAGCAACGUGGACAAUAUUGAUAAAUCCAUUGAAGGCGUUAGCAACGGUAAUUUUCUUAAUUUUUUUGGUGACCUUGCCUUUUGACU